GUAAUUUGUAAAGUGAAAGUUGUGAGUGACGCAUGCGCUGCAAGGAGUAUGAGAUUGUGCCACAACGGCGUGUCUACAGUUUUCAUUUUCGGAAAUUUUAACGUGCAACAUGGCUGCGGACGACUUGCAAGAAGGCCUUUUGAAAGAGCUGAUUGACAAGAGUUUUGCAAUGAAAGAAAGGUCGUACUGUCCAUACAGUAAAUUCAGAGUUGGUGCGGCUUUGCUGUGUGCAGAUGGAUCAGUAUUUACAGGUUGUAAUGUGGAGAAUGCCUGUUAUAGCCCGAGUAUCUGCGCAGAAAGAACGGCCAUAGCCAAGGCCGUGUCUGAAGGCUCCAGGAAGUUCAAGGCUAUUGUCAUUGCCAGUGAUCUCGAAAGCUUUAUCUAUCCUUGUGGUGUGUGCAGACAAGUCAUGGCUGAGUUUGGAGAAGACAUCAUGGUGUACAUGACCAAACCAGACAGAAGCUAUGAGCAACGUAAACUUUCUCGACUGCUACCUGGAAGUAUUACUCAGAAAGAUCUGUUGGGGAACGAACAACUUAAAGUGCAAGGGCAGUUCUCUGCCUGAGGUACCCAAUCACCAUAAUGCACUAAUUUUGUUUUAUGAAAAUAUUUUCAUAUUCCAGAUGAGUAUGUUUUAAAUACCCUUAAUUUUUUUCCUCAUUUAGUUUUGUUCCUUUAUAUAAACACUAUAUUUACCACAUAUAUACCCACUUGUUUGGGUUGUUGUUGAAGCUUUUAUUAAUUGUACUUGUGAUGACUGUUUUAUAUGGGAAAGAAUUUAUAUAUAACUGUAUUUUAAAAUGAGAGAUAUUUGUAAAUUGUAUUGUCAAGAGAGUAUUAUGACUACAUCUGUAUAAUCUGAAGAAGUGAUAAAUCUCUUUUCAUUCAAUUGUAUCUUUAAGUUUAAAUUGAACACUUUGCAAAGUGUUAUGAAUUAGAAACAGAGUUGAUGAAUCAGAUAUAAACACUUUCCACAUUUCAUUCCAAGGUAAUUUAUCAUGUUCCCGUAUUAGAUUUGAGGGGCCUCCGUGGCU